UAAAUUCAAGGUGGACUGACAUGUUUCUGUCUGGGCUUUUAUUUUGUCUCAUUAACGUUGUCAUGUCUGAAAACAAACUGACUUCAGUGGAUUUUGAGAUUUUUGGGAAUGUGCAGGGUAGCUCUCAGCCUAAAAGUACUUACUUACCUUCCACUGUGUGUCAGUACACAGAGGAUCAGGGCCAGAGACUGGGCCUGAGCGGCUGGGUGAAGAACACCAGACAGGGCACGGUGAUUGGUCAAAUCCAGGGACAUCUGGACAAAGUCAACGACAUGAAGUUCUGGCUCAAGAGCGUCGGCAGUCCAAGUUCUCGUAUUGAUCGAGCCAUUUUCUCCAACCAAAGAGACAUUUCUAAACUGGAGAUCCAUGGCUUCUCUACUCGCUACUGAGCGUGUUCAGACACUUCUGAAGUCACAUCAUUAAUAACUUCACAUUCGAGAUAAUAUGCUGUUUACUAUCAGUGAAAGUUCAUUAAUCCAUAUUUCAGCUCUAUAACAUGAAUCAUCAGCUGUGUUGAUUGAUUAUUUCUGAUAUUUAUCAGUAAAUCCUCCUCUCUCUCUUCCUACGGUGUGGGUUUCUUCAGUGUGUUUAUAAUUUUCUGAUUUAUUAAACCAAUUUUCAAUAAUUUCUUUCAAUAAUAAAAUAUUUUUUGUUGUAACCCCAUGACAGUUAUCAAUACACAGUUAAAUGUGUUAAAAGUUGGGUGAGCAUUCCUGUAGAAGUCUAGUAUUCAUGUUAAAUGAUGUUUUGACCUAUUACUGGGCCCUGCAGUGGGUAUCAGGCUUUGCCUACAUAUAUCUGCUGGGCCCUAUUACAGGUGACACCAUUCUCUGACAUAACACAACUCUAAACUCAUGGAACGCACCUUUAAACUGACCUAACACACCAUAAACUGACCUCAUGUAUAUUUUUUAUUUCACUGUAGUUCACUUUUUUGUUGU